AUGUUUGCGGCAGCGACGAAAAACUUCGUGAAGCAGGUGGGCGACACGGGGAGACUGAUACCGGUGCCCAGCCUCAGCGAAGCGGACCGGUACCAGCCUCUCAGCCUGGUGACCCGAAAACGGAGGAGGCAUUUCUGGAAGAAGACCAAGUAUGCCUCAACCCCGUUCUCACUGAAAGACAUCCUCGUGGGAGAGAAGGAGAUAACCGCGGGCGUGUCCUCGUACCAACUUUUGAACUACGAGGAUAAAUCUGACGUCGCCCUGAAUGGCAGGCUGAGUAAUCAUUUAAUCAACGAUGUUGGAUUCAACAUCAGCGGUUCGGAUUCUGUAGCGGUCAAAGCUUCCUUUGGCAUAGUGACCAAACAUGAGGUUGAAGUUCCAACUUUGCUGAGGGAGCUUAGCGCAAGGAAAGUUGACCUGGAUCACUGUCUAAUCCGUCAAUCAAAAGAGAGUGGGCGGACUGUUUUAUGUGUCGUCAUGGAGAGUAUCCGCACUACUCGCCAGUGUUCUCUUACAGUACAUGCUGGCAUGCGCGGAACAACCAUGAGGUUUCAGAUAGACGACGGCCGCAACCCCAGAGGUCGUGACAAGGCGAUUGUCAUCCCAGCUCACACAACCAUUGCAUUCAGCAUAUUCGAACUGUACGUUCGGCUUGACGGCCGGCUUGAUAUAUGUGUGGCACCAGAGUCAAGCGGUGGCUUCGAAAAGGAACAGAUCAGAGAACAGCUUGGAGGAUUCAUCGGACAUUUAUCCAUGGGAAGAUUAAGGAGGUUCUUGUCGGGAAUUGUUUAUGGAAAUCCGUUCCGAGCCGAUGACAGGACGUUUGAGGAGCUCACCCACUCUGACAUGUACACGGAUGACUAUUACGAGAAAGCGGCCAGCAUGACCGACCUCUCCACAGGUUACCUGCGGGAGGGUGCGCACACGCGCGUCAACCUGCUCAACCACAACAUACCCAAGGGUCCCUGCGCCCUGUGUGGCAUGGGACACGUCCGUAGAGAGACCGUCUACGGCUGCCUGGAGUGCUCCGCUGGAGGACAGAAGUAUGUUCGGCUACACGCCGUACCUUGCUUUGACCUUUGGCACAAGACACUGAGGUGA